CACGCAAAAUCCGACACACCACCUUGAGUCAUUCCCCUAAGCUCAACUUAUACGCCAUGAUCAGAAAUAAGUCUCCAAUUUUCGCUAUCUAAACAUUGAAGCCCAAUCUCGUCCCGUUCAUUGUGGCGUAUUAGAUCGUCGCAGCCCCCACCUUUGUUUUCGCUGCGGAAAAAUUCCCUACCACGCUUCGAGAAAUCGGUAUCGGCCUAAUAGGAUAUUGCAUUCAAAUAUGUGUAAGUUGUCAGAAUAUCCUUGUACCACUCACUCACUGUACUACAAAGAUGCCAAUAGCAUUCUUUCACAACCAGUAAAAGGGUGUUAUACUUGGCAUAAGCAGGGCGAUGGGUGGUUUGCACAGUUUGCGGUGCACUUCUUUGUCCCUAAAACCGCGAAACUACCAACAGAGGAAAUCGCUGCACUUUUCGGUGAUACAGUCGUAGUAUACUUACGAGUUAAUGGUAGUGACCCGAUUGAUGGAAAUGGAACGGAUGCAGAAAGGAAUAGUAUUCACAAACUGUAUAGCUUGGAGCCUAUCUGCCUUGAUCUGUAGCAUGUUCGCUCUCUGAAUAGCCUGGCUUGUGCACCAUAAUUUAACAGCGCUGUAUAAUAUAGGCAACAAAGCUGGUCGUACAGUGGUUGCCAUAUCCUUUUCAUUCGGGUUAGUCAGCAUGUUCGAUUGGGGGUGGUGUUUC